CAAACCACCACCACGACCACCACAAUGACACUCUCUUAUGAGGAGCAGCGGCAGCAGAACAUUGCGGACAAUGAAGCGCUGCUCAAGUCACUCGGGCUUGACACGCCUGUUAUCCCGACGGCAAAGGUCAAGCCAAAGCCAAAACCAAAGCCGAAGCCGAAGGCUGUCGAAGCCGCUGAUUACGAGGACAAGGGCAGCGAGUCUGAUGACUCGGAGGGCGAGGUCAUCCGCCUGCGGCGGAGCGCACGCGACCGGCGUACAAUGAGUAGUGCUGCUGGUACCACAACUCGUGUCACAGCGCUAAACACCGCUCACCGACGUGCUGUGAGCCCGGACACAGACGACGAGAGGCAGCCGCUGCGUAAGGCGCAGCGUUUAGGCAUUCGUACACAGGACCCACGGCAGUUCGGCCACAUUCCCGGCGUCGCGGUGGGGACGUGGUGGGAGUCACGGAUGGACUGCAGCACGGCAGCGGUGCACGCACCCCCGGUCUCAGGCAUCUCGGGCGGCGCGGAGACGGGCGCGUACAGCGUUGCGCUUAGUGGAGGCUAUCCGGAUGACGUCGACCUCGGCGAAGCAUUUACAUAUACAGGCUCGGGAGGACGCGACCUGAAAGGCACGCGGGACAAGCCAAAGAAUUUGAGAACAGCCCCGCAGACGUUUGAUCAGAGCUUUGACAACAACUUCAAUGCUGCACUCAAGACUAGCGCUGAGACCAAGAACCCCGUGCGUGUGAUACGUGGUUUUAAGCUUGAGUCGCCAUAUGCCCCAUCUGAAGGCUAUCGGUAUGAUGGGCUGUACAUUGUCGAGCGCGCGUGGAUGGCCCCUGGUCUGACACGAGGCCUCAAGCGUUUGCCGGGACAGGCGCCGUUGCCGAGGCAAGACGAUGAUAACGGGGAGGAGGAGGAGGAGGGGGAAGAGGAGGACGUUGCGGAUGUCAUCACCGAAAACGUUCUCGAGGAUAAACAAGAGGACCACGAAGGACUGGCUCGCGGCGGCGCUCCAGCCGUUUGUCGACCGGUACGCAAGUCGCAUCUCCAAUCUCAAACGGAAAGCGUUCUGGCAGUUCUACGAAUGCAGAGCCUAGCAAACGCGCUAAAAACCGCAACUCGCUGGUCUCGGACGCAGCACCCCGGCGUAGUAACCGUCGCAGUCUGGUCUAAGGCUGUCUGGCGUCUGGCCAUAAUGUCUCUUGCUUAG